AACUCGUUUUUGCAUUUUUUAAAAUUAACUUCCAACUAAAAGUCACACGUAUUUUGUUAUCACCUCAAGAUGUUGCAUUACUGUGUUCGUUUACGAAAAAAUAUUACAUUUUUCAAGGCAAAAUGUUCAGGAGUUAUAUUCACGAUAGUUCUUUUCAUCGUGUGGUAUUUCAUCUAUCCCAGUAUCAGAAUUUUGCCAUGGCGUGAAGACAAUCGUAUACAUGUCCAGCCUAUGAAAGAUGACAAUGCAGUCACUGGAUAUCGAGGAACAGGUCGUCUUCAGUUCAUUAACGAUACGAAAAUUCAAUAUCUCAAUGAUAUUCCAUUGCAAAUGGGGUUCCAGCCUUUCAUUGAUGUAGAAUUCCCGCACGUGGAGACUGACGUACCCAGAAUACCACACAACAUCCACCAAAUAUGGAUACGUCAUCAUAACAAUACUGAAACCGAUAUUGAGGUGCCUGAACAGUUUGAACAAUACAUGAAGACAUUUCCAAAAUACAAUCCAAACUGGAAGUAUUACUUCUGGACGCACAGGGCGUCAAGAAAGCUUCUAGAAGAAAGUCAUCCCGAGUUGUUAACCUUUUAUGACAGAACCUUGGUGCCGGUUCAAAAAUCUGACUUGAUGCGUUACGUUGUUGUCUACGAAUUCGGUGGCCUUUACGCUGAUUUGGACACAUCAUGCCUACGAUCGUUGGAUAUAGUGACCACAAAAUACGCAUGCAUUGUUUUACCCGAACCGUUUGAAAACGGUAUUAUAUGGGAAAAUAUCCCUUACCGGAUACCAAAUGGAGUCUUCAUGUGUCGUGCAAAACAUCCCUUUCUGAAACAGGUUCUGCGGACAAUAUCCGAAAUAAAGACCGUUGAAGCCAGGCCAACUCUUAUCGGUCCACUUUUUUUCACAAGUCAGUACAGACGUUACAACAACAUAAGUGACAAUGACGUGUACAGAGUUAACAUCAUCGGCGAUACCAGCAGUCCCUAUUUCUACAAAGGAGAACUUCCGGAAACGCACGACGAUGCUAUAUACAUUCCGAACACGAGGUACUUUCUAGACCAACCGCAUCCUUGGAACAGAGGUAUCAUCAAACGUGUUUGUGAAAAUCCGAGUAAUGCAACGCUUAUUAUCAAGAGAAUGUGUGUCGUUUAUACGAGAAGGGGCUUCAAUCGUAAGCCAAGUAACUUCACUUUUCUAGAGCACGCAUAUACCUUUUCAUUUGAUUCGGAAAUCGAUUGGUCGAAACGGAAAUAUAUUCCAGUGAGCAAGAUCCAAAACAACGUUCAAUCAUACAAUUGGACUGGCAGCUUUACAUAAAGUACAGGUCAAUUUUAAAUAAGACUUGUUCAAAAGCGCUUAAUAUUUUCUCAUCUUUAAUAAGUUUUGUCUUGCUUUUUUACGAAUGGCCUUACAUUAGCACAGUUGCCCGUGACUAAAUAUUAUGAGUCUGAAGACAUGAGCGAAGUUUUAAUGUAACAUCAGGUUAAGAUUCUCAAAUCAUCGUAAGUAUGUUUUAACAGAUUUAGUCGCUUAUUUCAUUGCAUAGUGAUAUUGUUUUGACGUUCAUGGUAAUUUUCAUUAUACUUUUGUUCAUUUACCAACUUUCAUUAAAGGUAAUUAAU